ACUCCAUAUGCCGCGGGAGCGGCCCAAGAAAUAGCAAAAAAACAAAACAAAACAAAACAAAAAAACCACAAAAAUCUAUUAAAGUCUGGCCUCGGUAGACAGUUAGCUGGAUUUCUAAAGAACGAAGUGCGUGCAUAUGUGUGUGUGUGUGUGUGUGUGUGUGUGUGUGUCAGGUUUUACUAAGAUCUUUGUCAAUGACAGACAUGGAGUCUAAAACCACACUAAAGGUCAUUGUUCAAAACCAGUAAAAUAUAACAUCCAAUAAAAUGUCAUUUCAAGUGUUAUAAGUAACAUUUAUGAAAUAGGCUGUUGCGUGUUUUUGCCCCCAAAUUCUAAUGCGUUGUUUUAGUUGAUGCAGUCAUGCGAAGUGUGUAUGUGGGGUCUUACAAAUGGGAGAUUUGGGAUGCUGGCUUUUUGAAACAGCUGUUCAUACACUCAAAUCCUUGACCAGUAGUGAAUUUUACUUUUUGGGUCUGCUAAAAAAAUUCAGCUAGAAAUAAUCUAAUCUGGAAUUAACUGCUUUUAUACUUGUACCUAUCAUUUCAGUGAAAUUCAACACAUCUGUUGAUUAGUGUCAGAAGUAGUUGACUAGGUAAUCUUUACUGGGACCUUUUGAGUAUUAAUUAAGAGCACUUUUUAGCAUAAUGUGUGUUAGGUGGUAGUUUCCAUAUAAUGAUCCGUGCAGUCACGUGGGAGUAUAUUGCAUACAUUCUGCAGUGUUCAGAUGUACAGUCACAUGGGGAGAGGACAGUAUUACUGACACUCUUUAAAGCAGGUAUGUGGUUAUCAAGUAUUUUAAAAAAGAACCCCCAGCCAAAUGUUUUCCAUGAUUAAAAAUAUUUUUAAACAAAGGGGAGAAAUCACUAAAUUCAGUGAGCUAUUGUAAAUAAAUGUUCUAGGGACUGUUUCCUUCAACUGAGGUCAUUAUGGGAUACGAUAAAUAAAGAAGUGGAAACAAGUGCCUCAGUGCAAUAGACCGUGCUCAGUGAGUUUCUGUUGCACAGCAAAAUGUAUGAUUCCUCUGCUGGUUUUAGAGAUUCAUGGUGCCUUUUGUACCCAGGAAAAUAAUCAUGCAAUGGGAAGGAGAGGGAUAGGCUCUUUUCUAAAAGGCCGCAUCAUUUCUUGAAGUGAGAUAUGAGAAGUGAAAAUCAGUAAUGUUCUAUAAAGAAAUCAUUGAGACUGUUUUGUAGGAAGAGCGGUAAGUAUAAAUUGUGCCCUUUCAAGAGAAUUUCAGCGUUACUGUUGCUCUCUGAAAAAAAUGAAAUGAAUUAGAAUGGUGAUACGGAAAAAAAAAAAGGAAAAAUAAGGGGGAAAUGGACAAGGAAAGCGUAAAACUUUAUCCAAUAUAUUGAUAAUAAGUAUUCAAAAUUACUGUGCUCUGAGAUCGUUUAAGCCAAGUCUGUGUUAUAGUUAUCAUUCUACACCUGGUGCGAGAUUUGAAAAGUGGGAAAUAAUUAUGUCAACAUAUAGAUGUUUACAUAUUAACUCUACCUGAUUUACCUAAAAACCUUACAAGGUGGGAUAAUGACAUUCCUAAUAGUACAAAUUAAACGUUAUUAAAUAUACAGACGUCUAAAAGGGUCGGUUCCGCUGGGCACUCGUUUCUAGUUAUGAUAGCUGGUUAAAGGGAUGCAGCAGGGGCUGCAGUUUCCCAGUGCGGACUCUGGGCGCCGCUGUUGGCCAAAGUGGAGAGCGAGGCGCUGGCCACCUCCUCGCGCAGCCGCAGCGCACCCUCCCCAGCUCAGACUCGCUCGCUGGAGCCUUCCUACCGCCAACUCCUCUGGCAAAGCAGCAGCCCGGGCGGACCCGCACGCCGGAAAUACAGCUCUUCCGAGGCCCGGACAGCUACCACCCAGAGACGGCGUUUGUAAUCCGGCGACUCCAAGCCGGUGAGCAAAGCCGAGGGAGCAAGAGGGAUGGGGAGCGGCGCGGGGAAGCGGGGCUGGGCUCCGAGGCGGCCAGGGCUCUUUGCCUGCCUGCUGUCUUUGUUCUGCCUGGCGCUGUCUGAGCAGAUCCGCUACAGGAUUCCCGAGGAGAUGGCCCAGGGCUCGGUGGUGGGGAACCUCGCCAAGGACCUGAGACUCAGUGUCCACGAGUUAGCGACUCGAAACCUGCGCGUCAGUUCGGAGAAGCCUUACUUCGCAGUGAGCGCAGAGAGCGGGGAGUUACUUGUGAGCAGCCGGCUGGACCGGGAGCAGAUAUGCGGGAAGAAGCCAGCCUGUGCUCUGGAGUUUGAGGCAGUUGCUGAAAAUCCACUGAACUUUUAUCACGUGAAUGUGGAGAUCGAGGACGUUAAUGACCACACGCCAAAAUUUACGCAAAGUUCCUUUGAGCUGCAAAUAAGUGAGUCCACAAAACCCGGUGCUCGAUUUAUCUUAGGAUCUGCCCAUGAUGCAGAUAUUGGUACCAACUCACUGCAGAAUUACCAGCUCAGUCCUGAUGAUCAUUUCUCACUCGUGGUUAAAGAGAAAUUCGAUGGCAAUAAAUACCCUGAGCUGGUACUGAAGACACCUUUAGACAGGGAAGAACAGACGUCCCAUCACUUGACUUUGACUGCCUUGGACUUUGGGGAUCCACCCUUAAGCAGUACUGCACAGAUACGGGUCCAAGUGACUGAUGCCAACGAUAACCCUCCAGUGUUCAGCCAAGAACUAUACAGGGUGGAGCUUCCAGAAAACGUGUUGCCAGGCUUUACUGUGCUCCGAGUGAUGGCCACCGACCAAGAUGAGGGUGUAAAUGCUGAGAUCACCUUCUUUUUCACUGAAGCAGACCAGAUUACCCAGUUUGACCUGAAUUCUAAUACUGGGGAAAUUACUAUUCUAAAUACACUAGAUUAUGAAGAGGUCAAAGAGUAUUCCAUAGUUUUGGAAGCAAGGGAUGGUGGAGGAAUGAUUGCCCAGUGCACAGUGGAGAUAGAAGUCCUAGAUAUAAAUGACAACGUCCCAGAAGUGAUAUUCCAGUCUCUACCAGGUCUUAUUAUGGAGGACACCAAGCUGGGAACACACAUUGCUUUGCUCAAAGUUCGUGACAAGGAUUCUGGACACAAUGGGGAAGUUAUUUGUAAAUUAGAAGGCUACGUUCCAUUUAAAAUACUCACUUCUUCAAGAAACGCAUAUAGAUUAGUGACAGAUGGAGCUCUAGAUCGUGAGCAGACCGCUGAGUAUAACAUCACCAUCACAGCCACCGACAAGGAGCCGCCCCUCUCCUCCAGGUCAAGCAUCACCCUGCACAUCGGUGAUGUCAACGACAACGCUCCGGUUUUCCAGCAGGCCUCCUACGAGGUCCACGUGGCGGAGAACAACCCGCCCGGCGCCUCCAUCGCGCAAGUGAGCGCUCGCGAUCCCGACCUGGGGCCCAACGGCCACGUCUCCUACUCCCUCGUGGCCGGCGACCUGGAGCCGCGCGCGCUGGCGUCCUACGUGUCCGUGAGCGCGCAGAGCGGCGUGGUGUUCGCGCAGCGCGCCUUCGACCACGAGCAGCUGCGCGCCUUGGAGCUGACGCUGCAGGCCCGCGACCACGGCUCGCCCGCGCUCCGCGCCAACGUGAGCCUGCGCGUGCUGGUGGGCGACCGCAACGACAACGCGCCCAGGGUGCUGUACCCGGCGCUGGGGCCCGACGGCUCGGCGCUCUUCGACACGGUGCCGCGCGCCGCGCAGCCCGGCUACCUGGUGACCAAGGUGGUGGCGGUGGACGCGGACGCGGGGCACAACGCGUGGCUGUCGUACCACGUGCUGCAGGCCAGCGAGCCGGGCCUCUUCAGCCUGGGGCUGCGCACGGGCGAGGUGCGCACGGCGCGGGCCUUGGGCGAGCGGGACGCGGCCCGCCAGCGCCUGCUGGUCGCGGUGCGCGACGGGGGCCAGCCGCCCCUGUCGGCCACCGCCACGCUGCUCCUGGUGUUCGCGGACAGCCUGCAGGAGGCGCUGCCGGACCUGGGGGACGCUCCUGCCCCUUCGGACGCCCAGGCUGAGCUGCAGUUGUACCUGGUGGUGGCCUUGGCGCUGAUCUCGGUGCUCUUCCUGGUGGCGGUGAUCCUGGCGGUCGCCCUACACGUGCGACGUUCCUCCAGGCCCGCGGCCUGGGGCUGCUUUCAGCCUGGCCUCUGUGUCAAGGCCGGGCCCGUGGGUCCCCCCAACUACAGUGAAGGAACGUUGCCCUAUUCCUACAACCUGUGCGUUGCCCACACUGGAAAGACAGAGUUUAAUUUUCUGACAUGUAGUGAGCCGUUGAGUUCAGGACAAGACAUACUUUGUGCUGAGUCACCUGGGGCCUUAUUUCCACUUUGUAAUUCCAGUGAGUCAACCUCCAACCAGGUGAGUUUCCUGUAAGUAUAAUCUCUUUUAUGCUCUAGACAGUCCUCCAUAUUCACAGGAAAAUACAGGGCACAUGUCUGUUUUAUUUUGCCUUCCUUUAUUGUGCUUCUGCUUUUUUUUUUUUUUUUUCCAUUUGUAUUGAAAAGUUGGCAAGCCUGAGUUAAGCACGUCUGUAGGCACCAUUCAUCCAACCGUAUUUGCUUACUUCUCGUCUGUGUCACAUUGUGGUAAACCCAAGACGUUUCAAACUCUCAUUAUAUUCGUCACGGUAAUCUAUGAUCAGUGAUCUGUGAUGUUACUAAUGCAAAAACAUGUUCAACUCACCGAAGGCUUCAAAGAUGGUUAGUGGUUUUUAGCAGUAAAGUAUUUUUAACCAAGGUACAAACAUUUUAACAAUAUAAUGCUAUUGCACACUUAAAGCAUAACUUUUAUAUGCACUAGGAAACAAAAAAAAUUGUGUAAUUUGCUUUAUUUCACU